UGCUUUUUCAGUUGGCACGAUCCGACCAAUGAAUAUCGAAUCGGUCGGCCUUUGGGGAAUAGCAACGAUAAGGCGGUGCCGACAUGUUGGAACAUUCCGGUCACGGCGUGCUCAGUCGAUCGGCCGAUGGCAAACCAUUUUCCUAUGGAUGUGUCCGAGCGCCGGCCAUUUGCAAUUACACACUCCAUCUCAAGAAACCAUUCGUGGUGCCGGAUUUGGCGGAAGAUGCUACCUUUCGGUAUAUUGCCGACAUGUCGGCGACACGGUUCUAUGCUGGGGUUCCAUUGGUGACGGCCGAUAAUUUGGUCCUAGGAACGCUUUCCGUGAUGGAUCUUCAACCGCGUCGUGAUUUUGAUACUACUGCUACCGACAAUGACGAUCAAGUUUCUUCCAAAAUGGCACAGCUGCAACAUUUUGGCUUUUUGGUACAACAAGAAAUCAUGGACUGGUACGCGGUCCACAAGGCAGAGCGGCUGCAUCGCUCUCAUUCCAAGCUACUCAUGACCACAAACAAAUCACAACCACCGCGAGGAGGAGAAGUGACCAUUGUACGAACCAGUGUGGAAGGUGCCGCGUCCUUGUGGAAACGAGAUCCGUCGGCCAUGCAGGCGGCAUUGGACGUGCAAGACAAUAUUCUGCAAAAACAGUUACAAAUGCACGAUGGAUACGAAGUCAGUUCGACCGAGGAAGGUGGCUUUUGUUUGGCAUUCCACGAUCCUUUGGAUGCCAUGCAGUUUGCGUUGGAUUGCCAAAUGUUGCUGUACGAAGCGCAAUGGCCACCCGAGAUUCAUGUCUUGCCAGGAGCGGCUCUCAAUGAGGCGGAAUGCUUCCGAGGACUGCGGGUGCGAAUGAGUAUUGCGCACGGUCGUGUCAAGCACAACCAGAAUGAAUCGACCGGCGCUGUCACAUACGGAGGCUUUGCCUACAAUGUGGCCAAGAGCUUGGAGCGGCUGGCCAAUGGUGGGCAAAUACUGGCAUUGGAGGAUACAUGGGAUCUCGUGGUUGCUUCCAGCAGGCGAGCUAAUGGGCGAUUCCAAGUGCUGGAUGUUGCCAAGCAGGUGGUACAGAUGGGGAAGAUUGUGCUUGGCACUGGUCAACGAUUUUCCGACGGGGUCAUGGCCAAGGGUGUGGUGCAGUUGAUACCGCAUCCCCUCUCGUACAAUUACUUCAAGGCGCGAAAGCGUACCAACACUCGCAUGCUUGCCCCCGAGCCAGAUAUGAACAUUAUCAUGGGUCGCAUGUUUCCGCCCCUCGACGUCGCCAGCAAUCGACUACUUUGUCCGUCAUUUCAUGACGCCCCUCAUGACGACAAUCAAGUAACGCUCAUGGUCAUGGAUUCAACUCUUCUUGCCGAAGGCCUGAGCGACAAGGAACUCCAGGUGGUCAACGCGAGACUCUUCCAUAUGGUUGGGUGCCUGGUCAACUCUUUUGGUAGUGGUGCAUAUCACUGCAAGGACCUGAUGGUUGCCUUUGAUGGACCUGCCAAUGCGCUGUGUUUCGGUUUCAUGCUAUUGCAAAAGCUUCGCGAUUGGCAUAUCCAAGGAGACCCCAACAAGAUUGGGAAUCGGCUCAAGAUUGGCUGUUUCCAGGGCGAGUUCUCCAGCAUGGGGCCACACAAGCGCACGGGGAGGGCGGUCUACAUUGGAAAAGUCGUGGACCGUGCUGUGAACGUGGCCGGCGCUGCUGCACCCGGAACAAUCUGCUUUGGAACCAUUGUUGCACCCGGUGCUCCCAUUUGGGUGUUGGAAUUCAAGCCUCCUUCUUUGGGCGGUGAUUCGGUUUCGAGCAUGACUCAAUCACUACUCACCAGGGCUUCGUCCGUCGCGAGCAGUAAACGUCACGUCCGAGGCCUCAAACGAUAGCCUCCCUGACUGUUUGUGUUGCAUGGUUGUGUGUUCUGUAGAAUAGACUCAUUCAUCCGAUGUACAAUAUCGAAAAUGGUACUACAAUAACUUCAUAGCUAGCUAUUUCAUUAACAC